UGGAAAACAUUCGCACUGAUACAUCCCGUGUUUUAAAAGUAUCCUCGAACGAGAAGUCUCCCGCUCAAUCACUCGCUGCAGCAUUCGCAAGGCAGAAAGAACGUGUAUGACCUUUUACAGCGUGUAGCCUGCAGCCAGCACAAUCAGCAACAUGCACUUUGCAGGGCCGCCUCCGCACGACCUAGAAACUAGCACGCUCCGCUUCAGCCAUUUGAAUCCACCUGACGCGUUCGACCCGGACUCGUUCUCCAUCACGCACCCGUAUGUGUCGCUAUCCUCCACUUCCAGAGCCCCAGCGAAGUCCGCGUCGUCUGCGCUCCCGCUCUCGCUCUCACUAGCCAGCUCGCGCGCACUGCGACCGAGCGGGAGCAUCGUACCACCGCGCAGCGCGCUCGCACGGCCGAUCGUCACUGCUCGACGCCUGGACGGCCUGCCGCGCAACUCGCCGACGCGCGAAGCGCAGAUGCGCAGACUGUACGACCUCUUCCGCCUCUGCACGCUCCGGCGCGACCAUGAGCGUGCGACGCGCGCCCUGCGCGUGUUCAUGCGCUCGCACGAGUUCCCACCGAAUUUUUGGUUCGCAGACGCACUAAAGCUAUGCUCUCACAUCGCCGCGGAGACGGAGCGGCAGCGGCUGGAGGAAGAGCAAGUGAAUGGUGUCGAGCAGAUGCCUUCAGAGGCAGUCGAAGAGGCGUCGAAUCAAGCUGCAGCGGAAGCGAGAGUAAGGUAUAUGAAGGUCAUAUGGCUACGCGUUCUUUCCUUCCGCCCUCUCAUCUUGCCUCGCUUAGUCCCGGACCUCUGCAAACUGGGCAGAUACUCUGAAGCGCAAGAAGAACUGGACGCGUAAGUGCUCUGCUUUGCUAGCUGCCGCGUGAUGCUCUUGCCAUCUGUCGGCACCCAACGCACAAUACUGAGGGCUAUCCGCACCUUUCACAUGCAGAGCCCUGC